UCGCGAUACUACUGGCGGAAGAUGGCAGAUGAAUCUUCGGUUCUAGUCAAAUGAUGCACUCUGUAGAAGCCGCUAAUGUAGGGACAGUUUCGGUUAUGAGAAAAGGGGACAUAGUUGUAGUUACUUAGUUAUUGCGGAGUAUUUGUUACCCUUUUUAAAUUGCAUUCUUCUUUCCUUUUAUUCGUUGAAUAGUAUAGGAUUUUCAUGUUGUGCAAUUUACAGAUUUUGGGUGAUCUAGACUACCACUGGCAUUUUUGCCAGCGAAAUACAAAUAUUUGCACAGAGGGUCAUCGUCAACGGCACCCUCUCCUCCGCUGUCAAUUGUUUAGAAAAUGACAGGAGAAAAGAUCCGCUCCCUCCGCAAGGAUCAUAAACCGAGCAAAGAAGAGGAUUUACUGGAACCGGACGAAGAGGCUGCAACUGGGACAUUUACUUCAACUAAGACAAAUAAGGGCAAAGCAAGUAAAAUCUUUAGCAAUCACAAGUUGGUUAAAUCUCCAUCGACACAGCAGCAACAUCAGAAUCAGCAAUCGCAGAUAAAUGCAAACACUAACACAUUGUCAACCGCCGACGUAAUCGAGGAUAACAACAAAAACCCUGUAAUCAGAACCGGCGAAGGCUUUCCAGUCCAUGAAUGUGUAUUCAAAGGGGAUGUCCGAAGCUUGUCCUCGCUCAUUCGAACUCAGAAUAUUGCUCAGAAAGAUCUCCAUGGAAACACACCCCUACACCUCGCUGUCAUGAUGGGUCACAAAGAGUGUGCCCAUCUGCUGCUGGCCCACAAUGCACCAGUAAAGGUGAAGAACGCUCAGGGAUGGAGUCCCCUGGCAGAAGCUAUCAGCUACGGAGAUCGACAGAUGAUCACAGCGCUGCUAAGGAAGCUGAAACAGCAAUCCAGAGAAAGUGUGGCGGACAAGAGGCCAAAGUUACUGAACGCCCUCAAAGAGCUGGGAGACUUUUACUUGGAGCUUCACUGGGACUUUCAAAGCUGGGUGCCUUUGCUUUCCAGAAUCCUGCCCUCUGACGCCUGUAAGAUCUACAAACAGGGGAUCAACAUCAGACUGGACACCACUCUCAUAGACUUCACAGAUAUGAAGUGCCAACGUGGUGACCUCAGCUUCAUCUUCAAUGGCGACGCCAUCCCCUCAGAGUCCUUUGUGGUGCUGGACAAUGAACAGAAGGUGUACCAACGGAUACACCAUGAGGAGUCAGAGAUGGAGACAGAGGAAGAGGUGGACAUCCUUAUGAGCAGCGAUGUUUACUCUGCCACUCUCUCCACCAAGUCCAUCACCUUCUCCAGAGCCCAGACUGGCUGGCUGUUCCGAGAGGACAAAACGGAGCGUGUAGGGAAUUUCCUGGCAGAUUUCUACUCCGUGAACGGGCUGGUGCUGGAGUCACGGAAGCGUCGGGAGCACCUGACCGAGGAGGACAUCCUGAGGAACAAGGCCAUCAUGGAGAGCCUGAGCAAAGGAGGGAACCUCAUUGAGCAGAACUACGAGCCUGUGAGGCGACAGUCACUAACUGCACCUUCACCCAACACUAUCUCCUGGGAGGAAUAUAUCAACGCAGAGAACGGAAAAGCGCCUCAUCUAGGAAGAGAGCUGGUAUGCAAGGAGAGCAAGAAAAAUUUCAAAGCGACCGUAGCCAUGAGUCAAGACUUCCCGCUGGGCAUUGAAUCGUUAUUAAACGUUCUGGAGGUGAUAGCUCCCUUCAAGCACUUUAAUAAACUCAGAGAGUUUGUUCAAAUGAAACUCCCUCCUGGUUUCCCUGUCAAGCUGGAUAUCCCUGUCUUUCCAACCAUUACGGCCACGGUGACUUUUCAAGAGUUCCGCUACGACGAGUUUGAGCAGUCCAUCUUCACCAUUCCCAAUGAGUACAAAGAGGACUCCAGCCGCUUCCCUGACCUUUAACCCCUUCGGCUGGACACUGGAAAGUGGUCACCUAUGAAAAGGCAUUGAUAUUUCAUCAAAUUGUCGUCGGAGAACAAAAAUAAAUUGAAUGUGUGAGAUUUUAAAUGGAAGUGAAAAUAUGUUGUGCAUGUAAUGUUUAUAAAGGGAUUAUGCUUAACUGACCUGUAGUAAAGCACUGAAUUCACUGUAUGGGACAUAUGUGGAGAAUAAUAAAUACUGUUCCACUGUAAACAACAAGUAGCUACUAUCCAGAGCUUUGUUUGGAGUAGCGUCAUUGAACUUUGGGCACUGUUUAGAUGCACUACAGCCAGUCUAUACUGGACUGAGCAGCAGAGAUGGCGGACCUACUGCACCAGUCGAUACUCAACCCUUUGGUACAUCAUCUGAAACACAUCCACCUGGAAGCAAUGAUAGAAAUGCUAGGAAUUUUAAUUAUACUAGAGCGGAGUUGUCUUUUUCUACUUGACUGGCAGCAAGCGUGGCAUUAAGUUAUUACAAGUCUUGUUUUCAUAUUCUACCUAAACUAGGUAACAGACUGUACACUUCAGUUAAUGAAAAUUAACCAGGAGGUGUACAUUUUUGAGAUUACAAGUUAUCUGUAGAUGAUUAGGUAUGAAAUUAAGUACAAUGUAAAUUAACUUUUUACAGGUAUGAAAAACCAGGCCUUUCCCUGCGCAAGGUGUAAAUACCUCAUAUGAUUGUAUUUUUUAUUUAUUUUUGUUAAUAUGGGAGUAGAGGUCUUCUAUGACAGGAAGAGUUUCAGAAGUUUUAUGCAAAGGUUAGUUAUUUCUCCCAUGAGGUCAUUGGUUUGUAUCGUGGUGGCAAUGGAUAUUUUUGUACAUAGAAUAUUGGGCUGGUGAUGGUCUCUCCAAUUCUUAGGUCUGACAUCUUCCCUACAUACCUAUGUGAGCCAAGUGUACAAAGCACGGUGAGAUCUUACAUCCUUGAGUUUUGCAGUGUCCAAGGACUGGACUAUUUGGCAGAGUUGCAGUUAGGAUUUCAGGAGUUCUUAUGUCUCAAGAACAGUUUGUCAAGUCCUGUUUGCAAGAGUGUUGCUCCUUAGUUGAGGAAAAGGUCAAAUCCAACAAGCUCAACUAUGCCUUUCUUCAGGAAUGAAAUGGGACUGUGCUGCUGGGUGCAACAGGGUUCGCUGAGCUAGAGAGUGUUCAAUUCAGCAACAGCGGACAUGGCAGAAUGCUUUGUACUCUAAUUUUCUAUUUACAUUGAUCAGUGGCCUAUUGACAUAGCCAGUGUUUAUCAAGCUUCCGCAUACCACUGGUUAGUGCUGCAAAUGGAAGUGUGCUUUCUUCACUUGUGCUGAAUGUUUUUACUUCUGACCCUGGCUUUAGCAGCCACACCCUAAUGUACACAUGCAUUUUCAUGUCAGCUGUACAGCAAGACCUUGUAAAAGCCUGCCACACUAUUUUCAUAUGAAAAAGUACUCAAAUAAAAAGUCUCAAUGAAA